CAUCAAUCGUUCUGUUGGAAUUCAGCGUGCAGCCGCGGUUUCACAUCUGCGCUUUUCUGUUGUUCACUCAGGUAGGAUUGGAUUUGAGCACAAACGCAUACCUCAACAAGAAUGGCUAUCGCAAUCGUCAAGAUCGGAAUUUCAUUGAAAAUGCUACCGAAUAACAGUGCCGUGUUCUUCAAAUCGGACGGUGGGAGAUUUGGCCAAACCAGGACGAUUAAAUUGCUAACGGGGUCAAAGUACAAGAUUGAAGUGGUUGUCAAACCUGGGGCUGCAGAGGCAACCACUAUGAGUGUAGGCGGAGUCAUCUUCCCCUUGGAGCAGAAGUCUAGAGACCCCCAGUCUGUAGUCUACACUGGCGUCUACAACACAGAGGGCGUGACUCACACCAAGAGUGGAGACAGACAAGCUGUACAGAUCAGCUUGCAGUUCACAGAGGUGGGCUCUUUUGAAGUGGUGUGGCAGGUGAAGUACUACAACUACAAUAAGAGGGACCACUGCCAGGGAGGCAACAGUUUCAACAGCAUCGAGUACGAGUGCAAGCCCAACGAGACGCGCAGCCUGAUGUGGGUCAACAAGGAGCUGUUCGUCUGAUGGACCAACCAACACAGACAGCAUCAGGGUUGUGUUCAUUAGGCACCAAAACGGAAGUUAACGUAGUGAAACUGGGCGGUACUACCUGAAAUUACAAAAGCUGAAGAACAUACGCACAUCCAGGUGCUUUCCGCAGGUACUGGAGUUGUAGGCAAACUCAUGGAAAACAGAAAGGAAAACGCCUCACCCGAAGUUAGCCAAUGAAAAUACCCGUUACAGUUUUCCGUUGCAAAAUGUUUUGCUACGGUGUGCCCUAAUGAACACGACCCUGAUGUCACUGAAAUGAGAGAUGGAUGACAAUCAGCUGCUGUGUGUUUCAGCUGUAGCCAGCCUGUAAACCCCUCAAAGUGGAUCAUUUGCUGACUACUCGUGAAACUGUUAACCCAAACAUCUUUUCCUCAGAGUCUGUUGUGGCAUAAUGUUCACCCUCAGGUGUAUUCUGUUCCAUGGAGGGCUUGUGUGUGUGUGUGUUAUCUAUUUAUAUGUAUGAAGGCAGUGUGUGUGUGUGUGUGUGUGUGUG